AUGACUGUUAUAGAUUAUGUCGCAAAACUUGAAGAAUUGUCUAGGUUCUUCCCUCACUAUAAUGAAGCAGAGACUGAGAUGUCCAAGUGUUUCAAAUUUGAGAAUGGAUUGCACCCAGAGAUUAAGCAAUUUAUCGGGUAUCAGGAAAUUCGUCAGUUCUCCGUGCUGGCUUACAAGUGUCGUAUCUAUGAUGAUGAAAAUUAUGCUAGAUCCUCUCAUUACAAGAGUGUCAGUGACAAGAUAAAUGGUAACCUGAAUCACAGAAAAUCGUAUGGUGCUCCAUGUGUUAAGGGGAAGCAGAGGACUUCUGAUGAGAAAAAUCCAAAUGGGGGAGGAGCUCCUAAUUUUAUAAGGUGUUAUAAAUAUAGUGAGUUUAGGCAUCACAUCUCUGAGUGCAAGAGUACGACUGCGAACUGCUUCAAGUGUGGGAAGCCAGGGCAUCGAGUUUUAGAUUGCAGGGGUAAUAUUGUUACUUACUGCAACUGUGGAGAGCAAGGUCACAUCAGUACCAAUUGUCAGAAGCCUAAGAAGGAUCAAUCAAGAGGAAAUGUCUUUGCAUUUCCUGGUACUCAGACUACAGUACAAACAAGUUGA